AUGUUUGGUAUUGAAGGUCAAUUAGAAGAUACACAAAGGACUGAUUGGAAACUUGUUUAUGUUGAUCAUGAGAAUGAUAUAUUGCUUGUUGGUGAUGACCCAUGGGAAGAAUUUGUGAGCUGUGUUCAAAGCAUAAAGAUAUUGUCGUAUUCUGAAGUACAACAGAUGAGUUUAGAUGGGGAUUUGGGUAACAUGCCAGUCCCUAAUCAAGCUUCUAGUGGAACUGAUAGUGGGAAUCCAUGGAAAGGGCAAUAUGAAGACAACUCAGCUGCAUCUUUCAACAUACCACUUAGAAAAAUUGGAGCGACUUUUGAAUGGGAUCUUUGUACUAAAAUAGUUCACACCACGUGCAAGGGACUACCUACUCUUAUGCGGGGAGUGCAUCUCCACCUAGUUAUAGCAGUUGAAGACCAAGUUAUAGCUAUUGAAACUGUGAUAAUUCUUGCUAGAGAACGUGGUUUAAAUCUUGAACUUUCAGAUAUCCCUGUUCAGAGCCUUGUGCCAGAUCCAUUAAAGGUUGUUAUGCAAGCUGGUAAUGAUGAGCUUGAAAUGCGAGGAAGGUGCAGUGUUCUAACAGCUCUAGCAACCUCCUUCCAUGCCCUGCAGCCUCUCAAAGUUCCUGCAUUCAGGUUAUUCUUUUAG